UAUCUCCGGAAUGCCUUCUUCUGUCUGGUUUGAUUGGCGAGCGAGCACACCUAUAUAAAGAUGGUUCGCCUGACUUUUCUUUGCUCUGGCUAUAUACUGACUUCUCUUCAUACAUCAAUCCUCUUUGGUCUAAAGUUUGAACGGAGAAAAUGGCUUCCCACCGUUUCGACCCCAAUUUCACCGACAAUGUCAUCAACGCCAUGGGUCCCAAGACGAACCCACGGUUCCGUCAGCUCAUGACCGGUCUGAUCAAACAUGUCCACGACUUUGCGCGCGAGAACGAACUCACCGUGGAGGAGUGGAUGGCUGCGGUGCAGUUCAUGAACUGGGCGGGCCAGAUGAGCGACAACAAGCGCAACGAGGGCCAGCUCGUAUGCGACGUAAUCGGGCUUGAAUCCCUCGUCGAUGAAAUCACCUUCACACUCGCCGAAGAGGCCCAAGAUAUCCCCACCGCAACAGCUAUCCUAGGCCCCUUCUUCCGCGCCGACACCCCCUUCCGCGAGAACGGCACCAACAUCGUGCGCACCCCCGCCAAGGGCGGCGUGAUGGCAUUCAUGCACGGCCGCGUGGUGGACUUUGUGACCAAGAAGCCUCUAGUCGGCGCCACCGUCGAAGUAUGGCAAGCCUCCACCAACGGGCUUUACGAGCAACAAGACCCCGAACAGGAAGAGUUCAACCUGCGCGGGAAGUUCAAGACCGACAACGAUGGUCGCUACUCGCUUUACUGUCUGCGGCCAACUCCUUACCCGGUCCCGGACGAUGGACCGGCAGGCAAGCUACUUCAUUUAAUGGAUAGACAUCCAUUUAGACCCGCGCAUAUUCAUAUUAUUGCCCUAUGUAACGGCUACAAAGCCCUAACCACUCAAAUCUUCGAUCGCAAUGAUCCCUAUCUAACCAAUGACUCUGUGUUCGCUGUCAAGGAUUCACUCGUUGUGGACUUUGUCCCUCGGAAGGAUGACCCUCAAGCUGGACUUGAGCUGAACUACGACGUGAAGCUGGUUCCUAGUGACGAAGCAUAAUAAUAAUUCGAAAUGAAAAAUGAAUACGUGGUCGGAUUCCCCUGUUGUUGUUAAGCAUUUGUAAAAUGGAUGUACAUAGUUAACUAUUUUGAUACCGCUUUUUAAGCCAGGCAUGUUUCAACUCUCUCUUUUUUGAUUUCACAAAAUUAAAUCCGAAUCUACGGGAGUAAUGGAAUGUGCGGAAUAAAUAAUGUACUACUA